AAAAACACUCAUUAGAUUUCAAAAACCUGGAAUCUCAUGCAGGAAUAUUACAAUGAAUGAGGACCAACUACAUUGCAAAAUCCUGAUUCCAGAGAGAUUGUAAAUGUAAGAUGUAUGGAGGAGGAACAAGACUUUCAGAUUUUUAAAAACAAAAGAAAGGAACAGCCAUUGAUGGCACACAUCUGCAGCCCCACAUCAAGAAUCUGGGACUAACCUGAUGGAGGCUUUAGGAAAUCCAUGAAAAAGUCUUCAGGCAUGACAAUAGCAGGAGAGAGUGGAAAUUGCACUGAUUUCAGGUCAGCUAGGUAUCAUCCAGCUUACAGCACUAUUCACCAUUCCCGUCGGCUCUCUGAUGUGGCCAGGUUAAGCAACUCUGACAAUCUUCCCUCCACAAAAACUUAUUUUGAAUCAUAAUAAUCCAUGCUACCAGCCACAUUAUCAUGUCUACCUCAGCUCUUUCACAGCCAUAUUCCUCCCCAUCGUUCUCUGUUUUGUCCCGCACAGCACCAAGUGCCUGAGGAGCAGCUCAGCACCAUACUACAUGGGGCAGAGUGCGGAGAAGGGCACUGCCCUCAGUGUGCCUGCCACUCGGCUGUCAGCUCUGGCUUCAGGAACAGGAAAGAGAGGUCUCUCUGGGCUGUUCCGUCAACACUGACAUCUUACUCUCACCAUUCUUCUAGGUAACUUCCACGUGAUCUAGUUAUUUGAAUGCUGGUUUUAACUGCGUCAAUCAGCACAUUUGGAAACCACAGACAUGUUUUAAAAAAACAGCAGACACUGCCAGAGGAAAAGAUUAACACACUAUCGGACUGUGAGAGCAGUCACCAAGAGACACCAGACCUUUGAAGACUAAUGCUCAGAAGACCCCAGAGACCACUAAAGGCAGGUUCUUGAUCUCUCCUAUUAGCAAAAUCAACUUGCACAAGAAAUUUACAAUGUCAAGCAAUGUUUCACAAUGCCAUGUCGGUGAAGAAACGGAACCUUUUACCUAUUUUUACUACUUGAUUUUCCUAAUAGGAAUUAUUGGAAGUUGUUUCGCACUAUGGGCAUUCACACAAAAAGGUCAGAAAUGGAAGUGUAUGAGCAUCUACUUAAUUAACCUCUUAACAGCAGACUUUCUGUUGACUUUGGCAUUGCCAGUCAAGAUUAUUGUUGACCUAGGAGUUGCAUCCUGGAAUCUGAGAAUAUUCCACUGCCAAGUUACAGCCUGCUUCAUCUACUUGAAUAUGUAUUUAUCAAUUAUAUUUUUAGGAUUUGUAAGCAUGGAUCGUUGCCUUCAGCUAAUGCACAGUACUAAGAUCUACCGCAUUCAAGAGCCUGGAUUUGCCAAGAUGCUAUCUGCAGUCGUGUGGACAAUGGUCCUCCUUAUAACAGUGCCUAACAUGGCAAUUCCAAUAAAAACCGUUGAAGAAAGACCUGGUGUGGGAUGCAUCGACUUCAAAACAAAAUUUGGAAAAGAUUGGCACGUGUUUACUAAUUUCAUAUGCACAGCAAUAUUCCUGAAUUUUUCAGCUAUGAUACUGAUUUCCAAUUUCCUUGUGGUUAGACAACUCUGCCGAAACAAAUACAGCGAGAGUUAUGCAAAUGUGAAAAAAACCCUCAUCAACAUAACGCUUGUAACUGCAGGCUACCUGCUAUGUUUUGUUCCAUACCACAUUGUUCGUAUCCCCUACACUUUGAGCCAGAACAAUACCAUAACCAACUGCUCUCUGAAACAAGCUCUCUUUAAAGCUAAAGAAUCUACCUUGCUGUUUGCAGUAUCAAACCUCUGUUUUGACCCUAUUCUGUAUUACCAUCUCUCCAAAUCAUUCAGACUGAAAUUUACUGAGACGUUUGCAGCACCCAAAGAGGCAAAAGUUUCCACAGACAAAGAGGUACCAGACAGAAGUGAACAGCAAAUGCAAAAGUACCGAUUCUCCAAUACAUCAGAAGAGCAUGCAAUCCGCAGUAUGAACAGCCAUAAUGCAAUCGCAAGCAUGGCUACCAUGGUCAACAACAUUCCUGCUGAAUCAUAAACCCAAGCAGAAGGAAAAAAACUGUGUACUAUACCAAUCGCUUCGUUAUAUGUUCACAUAGUAGGUCUGAACUAGCAGAAUGUUUGAUAGUGCCUUUCAGAAAUAGGUCCAGGUACCAGUGAUGACCUACCAGGGAUCAGAACACUUCAGAAUACAUGUUCAGACAGGCUCAAAUAUACUUACAUGUAUUUAUGGGAAACACCUGAACUCACCUUUUCUAAGUUAAAUAUAUUAAAUGACUUGCUGCAAUCAAGUGAAGAGAUUAUUUAACAGCAAUUCUUCAGCUGUGAAGUUUUCAUAUACACAACUAAACCAAAAGCAUUUUAGAGGGCAUUAUUUACUCCGGAAAGUAGUUUUAAGCUGCACCGAUUAAAGAUUAUUGUACCUGUUUACAUCAUAGCUCCAGUUUUUAUAAAUAAAUUUGUUGUUCUUGCCAA